UCUUUCUGCUUGUGUCAGACGCAAACAGCGCUUAACAUAUAAAUGCCUUUUUUCUCAAUCGGAUGUAGUCAAGAAUAUUCAUUAAAAAGUUCACGUGAAUUCUGUGUGUCGCGAAAAGCAUUUCAAAGAAUCUGAAAAUCACCAAGUCUCGCGAAAUAGCUCGAAGCAAUAAAUUUGGCCCGGGAAUUUAUUAUAUGCGACUUAUUCUCUUCAGACAUGCGCAACACCUUAUAAAAGAGUUACACGAAAUCAAAAUAUAUUUGAGAUGAAAAAUUAUGUCGAGUGCAGUUGAGAAACUCGAGGAAACUGACCAAUAUGAUACAAAAGAUAUCCAGAACAAGCAGGACCUUCUACCAGCAAUGGGAAAAUUGUCUCUUAACGUCCAAGCCGUCCCAUACAUCCCCAUACAAGAUAAUUUAUCCCUGGUGCACUCCAGUCUUCAUACAGAAACGGCAAAUGAGGUUGAAUAUGAUAAAAAUGAGCAGAUUACAACAGACAAACAGAACGGUCAUGAAACCGAGGCUGACUUACGUGCUCAGAUAACCAGUUUACAACAAGACUUGAAGCAAUACCAAGACAUGAUCGGUGAGUAUCACGUGAGUGAGCAAACCAGAAAGCGCGAGGUGGACUCGGCUCUAAUUACAGCUAGGGAAGUGGUCGAGCGGGAACGAAGGGAAAAGUUGGACGUACUUUCUGAUCGAAAAUCCAGAGAAGAACAAUUUGAACAUUUGUCCAAAACCCUGAGUGUUUUAAAGGCGGAAAACGACGAGAAGACCCGACAAAAGGACGAAACGUUGGCUGAAUUAUCACGUUUAAAAACACUGAUUCAAGAAAAUGGUUUCCCAAAUGUUGAUCAAUUUCUUAUGUUGCAAACACAGUUAGAUACAGUGAGACAAGAAUUUUUUGCCGAAAGAAAGGAAAGGGAGAGGAUUCAAUCUCAAAAAGAUAAAUUAAAAAGAGAGCUGGACGCAGCCCAAUCAAGAAUCGCCUCACUCCAGGAGCAAGUCUACAAAUAUCGCGAACAUAUAUACUUUAUUCAAAGCAAGUUCAAACAACCACCGCAGUUUCGUCCGAUUUCCGGCCAGGAAGUUACCAACAAUCGACCAAUCAGCGCAAGCGAGGCAUGCAAGUUAUACGGACCAAAUGCCACGCAAUACAUCAAUCAUAGUAUGACGUCUCCCAUGAACCCAAUAAGUUCUGGCACAUCUAAUACUGAUAUAAAAUUUAACAACAGAAGCGAAAAAAAGACAUUUAAUGUAGGCCGACAGUGGCAGGAUAACAGAGCACCACGGUCAAUGAAUGAUGAUGGUUGGCGCAGAAACCUGCAACAAUCUAAUCGUUUUAACAAUAAUAUACACCGCAUGACGUCAUCCAACAGCACACCUUCGCUAGUUACCAUGGCAACAGAUGGAUCAGGAGAUAUUGCGUAUUACGACAAGCAGUAUUCUAAGCCUGGUUUUACACGAAAAUCGCGUUCCUCACUUACUGAUGACACAGCUAAAGACUAUGGGCUUGGUGAAUGGCCAAAAAUGAAUAAACAAGGAAAGUGUUUUACGUCCCCUCUGCCCAGUCCAACGGUUCUCAAUUCUCCUGGAACCGAGUUGUGGUCACCUCAACAACCUCCAGGUUUUCAGAAUACCUGGUCAGGUGGACAAGAUGAAUUUUUUAGAUUUCCACCAUCACCACUAAUUACACCGACAACGAAAUCUUCAUUUGAGACCUGGCCCAAUCCCUCAACACUAAUCACGGAUGACAAAGUCUUCUCGCCCCAGAUCCCGGUCGGUGCCAACGAAGAUAACAGUAUUUUCAAUUUGCCUAUAUCCUCUACUAACAGCAAUGGAGAAUCCGGUUUUGUGAACUUUCCCACAGGACCAACAUUGUCAAAUUAUUAGUUUAUUUCAAAUGUGGGAUGAAUUUCGCUGAUAAGGAAGCACACAAGAACCGCGCAGUGAAGUUUGGAUAUGGAACGUAAGGCAUGAUUCAGAAUCAUUAAACAUAAGCGUGACCCCACAGCUUGGCAUAAAAUGCUACUCAUUAACCUAUGUUGAUCCAAUGCAAUUGGUCGACGUAGUGCAUCCAAAUUAUUUAGCGUUUAUUUACAAGUAUUCUUAUACCGAACAAGUGCGGUUUAUACUUUUUGUAAAACGAUGCAUUACUGUGUAAGCAUUACGAACACGAAUACGAAAUUCUAAUUUUAACCUUAUUUAGAAAAAAAAAUUAUAGUAUUACUAUAUAUAUAUAUAUAUAUAAUACAUAAACUAUAGCUUAUUUAUAGGACAUUUGAACAACAACUAAAAUUAUUUGUCUUAGAAAUGUUUUUAUUCAAAGCAAAUCGAGCAACUUUACAUUUGCAAUGCAUUUGAAAAUCUUGCUAAAGAUGUAUUUAACUAUUUUAUGUAGAAAUUUACAGCAGGCGAACACUAGCUUAUUUUGGUCGCAUUUAUUUCACUACAAAUGUAUUUAGAAAGGGUUGAAGGAGUUUCAUAUGAUAAAAUUUUACAUAAAAAAAUGGU